CCGGUAUUAUUCCGGUAUUUUCCCGGUAUGGUACCCUAAUUUUAUCGGUACGGUUUUUUAACAGAAAAAUAAUUUUUUUAUUCCAAAAACGGUAUUUACCGGUAGGAAACGGUUGAACCAUGGUUGUACCACGAUUUACCAUGCCAAAAACGAUUCCGGUUUGAUGUCCGGUACGGUUUCGUAAUCCAUGGUUGAUGCAGGGAAUAAGGUCAAUAUCCAUUUUUGCAAUUUGAAUCCUAUGCCAAAAUGCUCUCGCCGCACUACCGUCACCAUCGCCAAAUUACUCCUCAGUCGGUCGAGCUCUGCAUUCCAUCAAUUGCUGCCCUGUAAGUCCCCUUCCCUUGCUUUGCAGCUGCACUUCUCAGUCGCCACUCAAUCAAAUUCCCACAAGGACGACGGACGCCAUGAAGCCUGCAAUGGAAAACGUCAAGAUGGAAACGAAACCGAACUUCCGAUUCAUGACAAGAUAUUCAAGUCCCCUGCCAAGAUGGGUUCCUACCAGUCGGGCGACUCCUCUUUCUAUUCGCUCAUCGAGACCUACGCCAAUAAUUGCGAUUUCGAGUCGCUGGAGAAGGUUCUGGGUCGAAUGAAGAGGGAAAACAGGGUGUUUCUGGAAAAAAGUUUCAUUCUUGUGUUCAGGGCUUAUGGGAAAGCUGGCUUCCCUGGGAAAGCCCUGGAGUUAUUUGAUAGAAUGGCAGACGAAUUUCAGUGUAAGCGUACUGUGAAGUCGUUUAACUCUGUUCUGAACGUUGUUAUACAUGCGGGUCUUUUCCGCCAGGCUCUGGAGUUUUAUGAUCAUGUUGUUAGUUCAAAACAUGUCAACAUCUCGCCUAAUGUGUUGUCUUUCAAUUUGAUCAUCAAGGCUUUGUGUAAGCUUGGACUGGUCGAUAAGGCGAUCCAAGUGUUUAGGGAUAUGCCGGUUAGGCAAUGUGACCCAGAUGUGUACACUUAUUGCACACUGAUGGAUGGGCUUUGCAAGGAGGAUAGAAUUGAUGAAGCGGUUUCACUAUUAGAUGAGAUGCAAGUUGAGGGCUGUUUUCCUAAUCCUCCCACUUUCAAUGUGUUGAUUAAUGGGUUAUGCAAGAAGGGAGAUUUGGCACGGGCGGGAAAGCUAGUUGACAACAUGUUUUUUAAAGGGUGUGUUCCUAGCGAGGUGACUUAUAACACACUUAUUCAUGGGUUGUGUCUUAAAGGGAAGUUGGAUAAGGCAGUAAGUCUUUUGGAUCGAAUGGUCUCUAGUAAAUGUGUCCCAAAUGAGGUCACUUAUGGUACAAUAAUUAAUGGACUGGUUAAGCAAGGAAAGGCACUUGAAGGGGUUCAAGUGUUGGUUUCAUUGGAACACAGAGGGCAUAGUGUGAAUGAGUAUGUUUACUCAACUUUGAUCAGUGGGUUGUUCAAAGAGGGCAAGCCUGAAGACGGGAUGAAGCUGUUUAAGGGAAUGAUAGAAAAGGGAUGUAAACUUAACACUGUUGUAUAUAGUGUUGUCAUAGACGGUUUGUGUAGAGAUGGAAAGGCGGAUGAAGCCUUAGAAAUUCUUUCUGAAAUGGAGAAUAAGGGUAUUGUGCCCAAUGCCUUCACUUACAGCUCUUUGAUGAAGGGGUUCUUUGAGAUAGGCAAAUCCCAUAAAGCCAUUGAAGUGUGGAAAGCUAUGGCAAAGGGAAAAUGUGUUGAGAAUGAUAUUUGCUAUAGUGUAGUGAUUGAUGGCCUAUGCAAGACUGGGAGUAUUGAAGAGGCAAUGAUUGUGUGGACACAGAUGUUGCACAAAGGAUGUAAGCCUGAUGUCAUCACAUAUAGUUCAAUGAUUCAUGGCCUUUGCUGCUCUGGCUCUUUGGAAGAUGCUCUAAAGUUGUACAAUGAGAUGCUUUGCCAAGAACCAAAUUCUCAACCAGAUAUUGUCACUUACAAUAUACUUUUUGAUGCUUUGUGCAAUCGGAGUAGUUUGUCUACUGCUAUUGAUCUUUUGAACAGAAUGUUGGACCGGGGGGUUGAUCCUGACGUUGUUACCUGCAACAUUUUCUUGAGAGCAUUGGGAGAGAAGAUAGAUCCACCUCAAGAUGGAACAGAGUUCUUAGAUGAACUCGUGGUUCGGUUAUUUAAGCGACAAAGUACCUUAGGGGCUUCCCAAAUUCUGGGAGUCAUGCUGCAAAAGUUUUUGUUGCCAAAGGCCUCUACAUGGGGAAUAGCUGUUCAGGAAUUUUGUAGACCAAAAAAAGUACAGGUAGCGAUUGAAAGGUGCCGGAACAAUGUAUAUGGGUAGAACAACCACAUGGAUCCUUAAAAGCCCUAUGCUGAAUGAUGUGCAUAAUCAUGCAGAUGAUAGAACAGCUGAGAGAGAUCACAGCUUUCCUAAAAGUUGUGCAUUGAAAAAUCCUCCUUCCUCAUAAUGGCCCAUACUUCUGUUGGUCUCAUGGUUCAAGUGGAAGUUUGAAAACAGUUCAUGAUGCAGAUUAUGAUGAACAUGGCUCAGGAUGCUUUCUCGUGAAAUUGGUGAGCAUGCUAAUAUUUCUUCGUAUCCUUGGACCUUUCUGCAUGGUGUUAUACUUCA